AUGAACUGCGCCAUAAAAGAUACAUUCGACACAUCGUUAAAACAGACCCAGAUCAUUCCUUAUCUUAAGCGUCCAAAUAUACUUGUUGGUAUUACCAAACAUCUGCCAAAAAAUAUCACAAUAAAUGUUGGUAAACGAAUUGGUAAUAAACCCGUUCGCAUAGUUGGUAAACGAAUUGGUGAUAAACCCAUUCACAUAGUUGGUAAACGAAUUGCCAAGGAACCCGUUGACAAAGUUGGAAAACGAAUUGCUGAUGAACCCGUUCACAUAGUUGGUAAACGAAUUCCCAAGGAACCGGUUCACAUAGUUGGUAAACGAAUUGCUGAUAAACCCGCUCGCAUAGUUGGAAAACGAAUUGCCAAGGAACCCGUUGACAAAGUUGGUAAACGAAUUGCUGAUAAACUCGUUCACAUAGUUGGUAAACAAGUUCCCAAGGAACCGGUUCACAUAGUUGGUAAACGAAUAGCUGAGGAACCCGCUCACAAAGUUGGUAUACGAAUAGCUGAGGAACCUGUAAUUGUUAUACGAAUAUUGAUUUCUGAGUAA